CGGCUGACAACAACCCUAAUCCCAUUUCGCCAUUGAACCGCGAAGAUGCAAAUCUUCGUGAAAACCUUAACAGGGAAAACCAUUACCCUUGAAGUAGAGUCCUCCGACACUAUCGACAAUGUGAAAGCAAAGAUCCAAGACAAGGAAGGCAUUCCACCAGACCAACAGCGUCUCAUCUUCGCAGGAAAACAGCUGGAAGACGGACGAACCUUAGCUGACUACAACAUCCAGAAGGAGUCCACUCUCCAUUUAGUGCUUCGUCUCCGUGGUGGAGCUAAAAAGAGGAAGAAGAAGACCUACACCAAGCCUAAGAAGAUCAAGCACAAGAAGAAGAAGGUCAAGCUUGCUGUGUUGCAGUUUUACAAAGUUGAUGAUUCAGGAAAAGUUCAGAGGCUGAGAAAGGAAUGUCCUAAUGCUGAGUGUGGUGCUGGUACUUUUAUGGCUAAUCACUUUGAUCGUCAUUACUGUGGUAAGUGUGGCCUCACCUACGUUUACAACAAGGCUGGAGCUGAUUGAUCAAUUCUUCUGUUUGCCCAAUGUUUUUGUGAUUUUACCGUGCUAGUUAUUUUUUGUUUUGUGGAAACUUUACUGAACAGUAUUUGCUGGAUUUUACUUGGUUUUGCAUUAUCAAUAUCAAUUUAAUAUUCCUAAUGUA